AUGGUACCAGGGGGGGGCGAAGAGGGUGCAUCAAUUUUCGACCAGGAUAGCGAGCAAUCGAAGCCUUUGCUGGGAGACGACUACGAUAGGGAUGGCGCAAGCAGUGCCGCCCUGCCCGCCGGUGCCAAGAAGAAGGUAGCGGAAUAUCUGUCCGCUGCGGAAGAAAGCGUGAGCGUUGUGCACCGGGUGCUUCAUGGGCUGUACGGGCACCUCCCCAGGGAGGACGUGCCUCGGAUAGUCUGGCUAUCUUUGACGCUCUUCGCCAUUAUCGGCGGCUUCUGGCUGCUGGACUCGUUGAAAGACACCGUGCUGGAGGGGACCGUGGGGCUCGAGUAUCAGCCGAGAGCCAAGCUGGUGUCGGUGGCGGUGACGCUGCUCCUCGUCAUCCAGUACAACAGGCUGGUGGAUUCCUGCAGCAAGCCCACGCUGUUCUACAUCCUAGGGGCCUGCUACACGCUUCUCUUCCUGCUGGUCAGUUUGGUGCUGCGGACCGCCCCACUCGGCCUGGCCAACUGGGGCACGAGACCCGCUCGGGUGGUCGGGUGGGUGUCGUUCGUGGCGAUCGAGUCGUACGGGUCUCUGGCCGUUGCGCUGUUCUGGGCCUUCACUAACGCCACCGUCGACCUCGAGGCGGCGAAGGCUUCCUACGGGCUGGUGAUCGCCGGGGCUCAGAUCGGAGCCAUUAUAGGGUCGACGGCCGCGACACUGCCCAUGCACAACGAGAGCCUCCACGUGUGGCAUCUCUACGCGGCCGGGGGGCUCUGCCCCGCACUAAUGGCGUUGCUCGUUCGCGGCUAUGUGUUGUUUUUCGGCAACAACCUGCCACGGGAACGCUUGACCAACGUCCAGGGGACCGUUGACAGCGCCCUCAACGGGCUUAAGCUUGUGCUUCGGCACCAGUACGUGGCGCUCCUCUUCGGGAUAAGCUGCCUGUACGAGGUGGUACUGACUAUCUUGGACUACCAAAUGAAGGUUCUGGGCGUGGAAAUGUUCCGCGAAACCGCGGGCGACGAGGCAGACGAGCACAUGGCGAGCCUCAUGGGGCACUUCGGCCAGACGACCAACUCGCUGUCGUUGAUUAUGUCGCUCUUCGGCACGAGCCUCUGCGUGCGCCUGCUCGGGUUGCGGAAAACUCUGAGAAUUUUCCCGACGCUCCUGGUGGUCGCGGUGGUGACGUCGUUCUUCGCCCCGUCGUUGAGCUUCCUCUUCGUGGCCGUCGCCAUUCUCAAGGGGUUAACGUACGCCCUCAACGAGCCGUGCAAGGAGAUGUUAUACCUACCCACGUCCGACGCCAUCAAGUUCAAGGCCAAGGGCUGGAUAGACGUGUUCGGGUCACGGUGUGCCAAGGGGGUGGGCUCCUUCGUGACGCUCAGCAGCCGGGGGGAUCGGCGCAGGCUGGCCACGUACGGGGGCGUCGCGAGCUUCUUGAUCAGCUUGAUACUGCUGGGGGUUUCGUACGUGAUGGGGGGGCAUUUUGACGCUCUCAUAAAGAGCGGGGAGAUCGUCGGGGCCGGGGAGGACGGAGACGAUAGCGGGAACGCGGGUGCGCCUCCGUCACAUCGCGGUGACGGGCUGGGGACAACGGGAGGGGUGGAGUUGCCGCCACCAGCCAGCGGUGAUGAGGCAUCUCGUCAGUGGAGGGGGCGGGGGGCGGGAGCAGGGGGUUGGUCAGAGCGGCCGUCGCUCGGGUCAGAGCGGCCGUCGCUCUCGACACGUCAAACAGUGGACGUGUAG